AUUGGAUGUGCGACCAUAAAGGCCGCUGUUAGCGGCCAAUCGGACAGACACUGUGUGUCGAAAAACCUGGAUUUUACAUAUAUUACCUCGUACACAUUUGACUUAUAAGGCUGUGCCUAGGUCUGUGUAUCCAUAUAUUUACACCAUGAAUAUAUGUGGAUGUAUAAAUCGCCAUAUAGAGUCUAUUAGGUUCCGAUGGCAGCGUCGCAGGUACCUAUGGAGAGCUUCGUACUACUAUACGGGGAUGAGCGUUGCUCUUGUGGCAGGGUUGGUAUUGACGUUUACAUUUCACUAUCUGAUUACCAAAUUCUCAUUCUUCAUAAGUUACUCAUGUUCAGCACGUAGCAUCCGUAUGAUCACCUGGUAUAUUACCAUGCAGAUGCUUCUUAUAGGUGUCGUUCUGAUUAUGGCUAUAUUUAUGGCUCGUGUUUGUAACAUGUUCUCUAAUGUGAUAAUCAGUGACUCAAUGACCACUGAGCGGCUUAUGACUAUGCUAGGAUGCAGUAUAAAGUGGUUACCUUGGGUGAUGGCUGCUCUUAUGGCUAUAACUAUUAUAUUUCAUUCAUCUUCUAUGAUAUGGAUGUUUGCCAAUUCACGUCAAUGGUGUGAGAAUCGUUUCAAUGAAGCUGCUGUGAACGCUGUGCGUAACUGCAGGCUCAUUGUACGGGGUAAUGUGCCGUGCACAUUGACCAUGACCAGUGGUUUACACAAGGAAAUCCGUGAGUGCAACAGUCCACAAUAUCUCCUCAGCAAGCGUCUUAUGUUACUGGCUCUAGUGGAAAACACUUCACGAUUGCCUUGCUCGGUAGCUGAUCCAGCUGUAUGUAAUGCUUUUAAUGAGGUAUUAUCAGGUAGAGACGUUGACUGGUCAAGAGGCGAACUUCGUGGAUGCCUUGGUAAAAUUCCGGAAUCUUUGGAUGCAUUUAUCGAUGCUGCAACUUCCAGUGACCUUUACAAGUACCUUAUGUUAUACAGCAUUAUAUGGGCUGUUGUAUUCUUUUUGCUUAUAUGUUUCUUUUACUUGAUGAAGCACACCACUGAGUUUGACGCCAUUAUUUACCAGGCUAAGGAUCCCACUGAAAACAUAAUCGUCAAGAUAAUGCAGCCUUUUACUCCGUGGUCAUAGCACGUGGAUG